AAAAUUGCAACACUAGUGGAUCAUCCUAUCAAGGUCAAAAAAUGAGUGUGAAACGUUUCCGGUUCCAGUGCACCUUCCGACGAAGUACUCUCUUUGCAAAGCUAACUACCCUCAAACUAGAAAAUUCUGCAUAAUUAAUUCCAAUGUAAAUAAAUAUUCUGGAAGGGUACGUUAUUUAAUAUAAUUGGCGAAGGUUCCAUCAAUUGUAUAAAAAUUCCAUUAUAACUAUGAUUCCUCGAGAAGACAAAUUAUCGGCAGAUCUCAUACGAUUCCACGUGGCCUUUGGCAAUAAUCUUAUAAUUGCAACAUAUUUUACGUACAAAUGAAUGCAUCUUUAAUUGUGUUAUCGUUAUCUUUUAAUUGGAUCAUAAAUAGAUAAUUAAAAGUAUCAAUCUUGAGGAAGACAAGGCUUAGUACAGAAAGUAACGCUAAUAAUGGUGUGCAGGGGAUGCAAAGCACAAGCCUAUGGUAUUUAAAUAAAUGUCGUGUAUGGUGUUGGCCAGAAUCUCCAAUCAUAUUACAAAUUCAAUGCUAUUGUCCAUUGUAAAUAUAGUUUUUCUCAGCAACACAGCGAAGUCUGUGUAAGCUUUUAUCAUUACUUGCAAAUAAGGAAUUCGGGCAUUUUAUAACUACCGCAGGGCAAUUCUGACAACAAAUCAAGGUUUUACAAUAUAUUAGUGGUAUAGUAUCCGUGUACAAAAAUUUUUGCACGAUAUUAAAUUAUCAAUAGCAACGCAAUCAACACGAAUUAUUACAGAAUUUACUACGACAGCAAGUAAAUAAGCAAUUCCAAGAAAUGCAAGUAAGCAAAGCAUGCAAGCUACAAGUCCUGAAAGUGUAAGUAGCCUUGGUAGUAUUCAGGGCUCACCUCAUCCAACCUCUGGUUCAAUGGAUCCACCUGCAGAUACGCCACCCCCUGGCUAUAUUAGUGAGGAUGGCGACAACAUGGAUCAUAAUGAUAAUAUGUCUUUAUCGCGUUUAUCACCUAGUCCCGUCGAUGCGCAACCAGUUAUGUAUUGUGAGCCAGCUUUUUGGUGUUCCAUAAGUUAUUAUGAAUUAAAUACAAGAGUAGGCGAAACAUUUCAUGCAUCACAACCAAGUAUAACUGUCGAUGGCUUUACGGAUCCUAGUAAUUCAGAACGAUUUUGUUUAGGUCUUCUUUCAAAUGUUAAUCGUAAUACAGUCGUUGAACAAACUAGAAGACAUAUUGGUAAAGGAGUUAGAUUAUAUUAUAUUGGAGGAGAAGUUUUUGCAGAGUGUCUUUCAGAUUCUAGUAUUUUUGUUCAAAGUCCAAAUUGCAAUCAACGAUAUGGAUGGCAUCCAGCUACAGUGUGUAAAAUACCACCUGGUUGCAAUUUAAAAAUAUUCAACAAUCAGGAAUUCGCAGCUUUACUCUCGCAGUCAGUUUCGCAAGGUUUCGAAGCAGUAUAUCAGUUAACACGCAUGUGCACAAUUCGAAUGAGUUUUGUAAAAGGCUGGGGUGCUGAGUAUCGGCGGCAGACAGUGACUUCAACGCCUUGUUGGAUAGAACUUCAUUUAAAUGGACCUCUACAAUGGCUUGAUCGGGUACUUACACAAAUGGGUUCACCACGAUUACCCUGUUCAUCUAUGUCAUAAGAAUUACAAAAUUCCGAAUAUUCCAAUAGCAUCUUGGUUUAAAAUAUGUAGUAAUUAAACUGCUUAACAGCAAAAAUAACCGAAAUAGAAACACAUUUGCUACAACGAAUAACGUUUCAUUUUUUGAGAAUCGUCUAUAGUAUGGUAAAAGUAAACAGUGAAAUAAAAAAUUAUAAAUAAUGAA